UGGGCUAGGAAGGCCCAAAGGCCACAGUUUUGUGAAAGGGUAAACCCUAGCACCGCCAGCACUGUGUAGGGUUUUUAACCAACUCUCGUUAUUUCUUCGAUUCGUGCAAUCCUGUCUUGGCCAUUUCCUUUUGUUUGGAAACGGAAUUAUCAUUAGACGCUGCAACCAUGGUGAAGUAUUCGAGAGAACCAGACAAUCCCACCAAGUCAUGCAAAGCCCGAGGCUCUGAUCUUCGUGUUCACUUUAAGAAUACCAGAGAGACUGCUCAUGCAAUUCGAAAGUUGCAUUUGGCUAAGGCUAAAAGAUACUUGGAGGAUGUUAUGGCACAUAAGCAAGCUAUCCCAUUCCGUCGUUUUUGUGGUGGUGUUGGGCGAACUGCACAGGCUAAGAACCGACAUUCAAAUGGACAAGGGCGUUGGCCAGUUAAAUCUGCAAAAUUUAUCCAUGAUUUGCUCAAGAAUGCUGAAAGUAAUGCAGAGGUCAAAGGUUUGGAUAUUGAUUCACUCUACAUAUCUCACAUCCAAGUGAACCAAGCACAAAAACAACGUCGCCGUACUUAUAGGGCACAUGGAAGGAUAAAUCCUUACAUGUCCUCACCAUGCCACAUUGAGUUGAUUUUGUCAGAAAAAGAAGAGCCUGUUAAGAAAGAGCCUGAGACUCAUCUGGCUCCUAGGAAACCAAAGGCCCAAGCUCUACGCAGUGGGGCUUCCUCCUGAAGGCAAGCAGUAAACAGGUCCUGAAAAUUGGCUUUAUCUGUUUCUUCUCUGCUGGAAUGCUGUCUCAUCAGUGACCUCUGCGUUUGUUUUCUGAGAUGUUUGUCCUAGAUCUUAUACUCAUUUAGACUCUUACUGUAAACUGAUCCCCCUACUCUGCAGUGGAUGGGCCAAAGAUUGGGAUAUGAAAGCUUUCUCUAAAAUUUUGAUAUUGGAGGUUCUGAAAAUUUUAAGCAGCUAUUUUUCGGAAUUUUAGUGUCUUUUAUUUUUACGAA